UCCUCCUCCUGCUCGCCGUUCAUCAUCGAUUGCUGUUCACCUACACAUCGAGAAGGAAAGAAAAAAGCUCUUUGCGAGUCUACAGCUUCUCAUACACUGCUGGCAGAGCGCUGGGACUAUUUACUAAAGUUCUCACCUCUUUGUUCGCGGACCAUUUCUCCAAUUUGACCCCUUGUACUUUCGUCGUCUCUCCGCCCCACGAUUGUGACGUAGCAUCCAAUUUUCACACACCGCAGCCCUAUCACCUACCUACCUUGAUUGGGGCGGGCACACCUAGUCUGCAGAGACGCCACCACUCCCAGCUACAACACACACAUAAAAUGGCCUCAGUCGCUCGGGGCAGCGCGCUGCUGCGCACCCUUGCUCGCCCGUGCAGCUGCUCUUUGGCCAGGCCGGCAUUGGUACCUAGGGCUCUCACCAGACUCGCCCACACCAAGCCCUUCUACUCUGAGCCCGAGGGCCCAUCAGUCAAGACCGAGAUUCCCGGUCCCAAGGCCCAGGCCGCCAUCAAGGAGUUGGAUGAGGUGUUUGACACGCGCAGUCUGAACAUGCUCACAGACUACCCAAGCAGCUCUGGCAACUACAUCGUUGACCCGGACGGAAACGUGCUGCUCGAUGUCUAUGCCCAAAUCGCCUCUAUCCCAAUCGGAUACAACAACCCUGCUCUCCUGGAAGCUUCACGCAGCCCUGAGAUGCUCCAGGGGUUGGUCAACCGCCCCGCGCUGGGCAACUUCCCGCCCCACGAUUGGACCAACGUCCUCAAGUCGGGCAUCCUCAAAGUCGCCCCCAAGGGCCUCGACCAGGUCUUCACUGCCAUGGCAGGUUCCGACGCCAACGAGACUGCAUACAAGGCUGCCUUCAUGUACAGGCGGCAGAAGGAGCGUGGCGGGCGUGAAGUCCCCUUUACUGAGGAGGAGCUGCGCACUUCGAUGCUGAACAAGUCCCCCGGUGCUUCGCAGGAGCUCUCAAUCAUGUCUUUCAAGACCGGCUUCCACGGCCGCCUCUUUGGCUCCCUCUCGACCACGCGGUCGAAGCCUAUCCACAAGCUCGACAUUCCCGCCUUCGACUGGCCUCAGGCCACAUUCCCGCUGCUCAAGUACCCUCUUGAGGAGCACGCGGCCGAGAACAAGGCUGCCGAGCAGGCCGCUCUCGCCGAGGUUGAGGACCUGAUCCUCAACUACCCCAAGCCACCUUGCGCCGUCAUUGUAGAGCCUAUCCAGUCGGAGGGCGGUGAUAACCACGCCUCGCCCGCAUUCUUUCAGGGUCUGCGUGACAUCACCAAGAAGCAUGAUGUGUUGCUGAUUGUAGACGAGGUGCAGACGGGUGUGGGUGCCACAGGUCGCUUCUGGGCCCACGACCACUGGAACCUGUCGAGCCCGCCCGACAUGGUGACCUUCUCCAAGAAGGCGCAAACGGCCGGCUACUACUUUGGCAACCCUGAACUGAGGCCCAACUUGCCAUACAGACAGUUCAACACGUGGAUGGGCGACCCGGCCAGGGCCAUAAUCUUCCGCGCCAUUAUCGAGGAGAUCGAGAGGCUGGACCUGGUUGCAAACACGGCCCGCGUCGGCGACUACCUCUUUGCCAACCUUGAGCGCCUGGCCGAGAAGUACCCCAAUGAGUUCCAGAACCUGCGCGGCAAGGGCCAGGGCACUUUCAUCGCCUUUGACAACCCUCGCCGCGACGAGUUCCUCAAGAGGGCCAAGUCCUUCGGCAUCAACAUCGGCGGAAGCGGCGCCUCGGCUGUGAGGCUACGACCCAUGCUGAUCUUCCAGGAGAAACAUGCCAACAUCCUGCUCGAGGCCCUGGAAAAGAUUGUGACUUCUUGGUAGCGGUUUAAAAAUCAUUCUUUGGUUGUUUAGGAGUUUUAAUUCAUGGUUGCGGGACUGGCAAUUUCUUGCUGGAUUUGGGUCUAUCUAUCAUUUGCUCUUCUUUGUUUUUUUUCGUUUCCUGGUUUUUGUAGAAUGCGGUUUCAUGUGAGCGGUCUUUUCAAGGUGUGCUAUGGAAUCUAUCCGAGUCAAUGCAUUGUGUGAGCAUCGGGGAGAAAAAUAAGACACAUGUAUUUUCUGUCCGGAGAGCGGGUCAGCCAACUUUUUAUCCUUUGAAAAAGAAAAGGCGUAGUCUUGUGGCAGAGGGCGCGGUCAUUUCAGCUUUCAGCAGUUCUCGUCCCUUGUUGGUGAAAGUAUGUCAAAACUCAAGCUCUGAAACACAUAUGCGCUUAAUGAGCGGUGCGCCUGACUUUCAGAGAAAGAAAAUAGCAGCUGAUCCUCUUCUCACCAAUAUUUUUCGACAAGUCGCAGGGUGCAAUAAUUCCGACAAACAAGAUGCAGGCAUGGGAAGCCUCAUUUUGUGUUUUGAGAUGUUCUUCUGGUUUUCAAGGUUAAAUCGAGGACUCGGCUAAUCGUCAAGGAACCAGGUCCCACCCUUGCGGACCGGACCCGGCAGAUAUCAACUGGCUUGCGAGGCGCCCGCAAGAUAUAUUAUUCAUACCAUCACUGUCCCCAUCUUGGUGCCAUUGACGUUGUUUGCCAUCGGCGUGUCACCGUCCGGCUCGGGGCCGCGCUGGUCUGUCUGUAGCGCAAGCAGUGUCUCUUGAUUCUCCCGCUCUAAUGCCUCUUCAUGCUCCCGCAGCCUCUUUUGCUCCACUGCAUCCUGCUGCAGUCGGUGCGCCUCUUCGUUCUCUAGCCUGAGCUCAUCCUCGUGCUCUCGCAAGCGCCGACCCUCUGUGGCCUCUUCGAUCAUAACGGCAUCGUCCAGUUCGUCGAGGGGCGGCGGCGUCGGUGGCGGAGGAGGAGGGCUUGGCUCCUCUACGUCUGUCUCCUUCACCCUCUUGGCCAACGGUGUAUAGCCUGGAGUCAAAUCGGCCGCUGCACCUUCCACGUUCUCAACAUCGUGGCUUUCGCCACGUUUGCGUUUCAGAUCUGUCGCCGACGAGU